GAGGAGGGGCUAAGUCGGAGUUUGGUCACGUGACAGUCCCGAGACACGGUUGUGGGGCUGGGUUGUCCUGAGCGUCGAAGCUGAAGUAGGCGAUACCUGCGCUGGGUGAGUGGAUUACGCGAGGCCGGGGCCUUGAGGCCUGCCUGCCGAGGAGGGAGUGGAGGCCGCCCUCCUCUCCACGCCACUGCUCCCCAACUCUUCCGCCGGGCCGGAUCAGAACAGAGGUGUGGGAUGCCGAACACAGCCAUGAAAAAGAAGGUGCUGUUGAUGGGGAAAAGUGGGUCUGGUAAGACCAGCAUGCGAUCCAUUAUUUUCGCAAACUACAUCGCACGGGAUACCCGGCGCCUCGGAGCUACAAUUGAUGUGGAGCAUUCUCAUGUUCGGUUUCUGGGCAACUUGGUGUUAAACCUAUGGGACUGUGGAGGACAGGACACCUUCAUGGAGAAUUAUUUCACUAGCCAGCGUGAUAACAUCUUUCGCAAUGUGGAGGUCCUGAUCUAUGUCUUUGACGUGGAGAGCAGGGAGCUUGAGAAAGACAUGCACUAUUACCAGUCAUGUUUGGAAGCCAUUCUGCAGAACUCGUCAGAUGCCAAAAUCUUUUGCCUUGUGCAUAAGAUGGACUUAGUGCAGGAGGACCAGCGUGAUCUGAUUUUCAAAGAGAGAGAAGAGGACUUGAAACGUCUAUCCCGUCCUUUGGAGUGUGCCUGCUUUAGAACAUCCAUCUGGGAUGAAACUCUUUACAAGGCUUGGUCCAGUAUAGUCUACCAGCUGAUCCCCAACGUCCAACAACUGGAGACGAAUCUCAGGAACUUUGCUCAGAUCAUUGAAGCUGAUGAAGUUCUUCUGUUUGAAAGAGCCACGUUCCUGGUCAUUUCCCACUAUCAGUGUAAAGAACAGCGUGACAUCCACAGAUUUGAGAAAAUCAGCAACAUUAUAAAACAAUUCAAGCUGAGCUGCAGCAAACUGGCUGCCUCUUUCCAGAGCAUGGAGGUCAGGAACUCCAACUUUGCAGCCUUCAUCGAUAUCUUUACAUCAAACACUUAUGUGAUGGUUGUCAUGUCAGAUCCUUCCAUACCUUCUGCAGCCACGCUGAUUAACAUUCGAAAUGCCAGGAAGCACUUUGAGAAGCUGGAGAGGGUGGAUGGGCCAAAGCACAGCCUACUGAUGCGCUGAGCAGUCAAGGGGGAGGGAGCACCAGCGGAAGGACUGCUCCGUUCCAAGGAGACUCUUAACAUUGUGGGUGUCUGUUUUGUGGGCUUUGAAAUGAGUGUGCUGCUUUCCACCGCAAUCUUGUUCUUUUCUCUUAACGUCGGCUGCUGGUCCACAAGACAAUGUUGGGAUGUGCUGCGGACCUUCCGGAACUGAUUUGGGGAAGGUCUCCUACCAGGGCUG